GUAGAACAACUACGCCUAGUUGUUCAACAACUGAGACAGGUUCACCUAAUAUUAAAAUAUGAAUCAAUUCGUGCACAAACCUACUUCGUGUUGACCUUGUUGCUGAUGCCACGUGUCCUCAACCUCAUUUCCCCUCAUGUAAAUGUGAUUAUAUAUUCAAUAAUUAUUAUUAUUGUGUAUAAAAUAAGAAUUUGAUCUUAUUUUAUUGGAAUUCUUGACCAUAGAAUUGGAAUAAAAAAAUACCAAAAAAUUAACUGUCUUUUUAACAGUCUAUACUCUUCAUGACUUCUCUUACGAGAAGGUUCAAUUAUUCUGUUUGCUACUGCUGCUCCACUCCCAAAAUCCCUUCAUUCAACUAUUUUAAGAUGCUAGAUGAAUGUGGGUCGGCAAAGAGUGAAGCUAAUAUUAAAUCAAACAUGGAUCGAUUAGCCAGUGCUGCACGUCUCAUGAUAGUCUCAGAUCUUGACCAGACAAUGGUCGAUCAUCAUGAUCCUGAGAACCUCUCUCUGCUUAGGUUCAAUGCUUUAUGGGAAGCCAAUUAUCGUGAAAGCUCCUUGUUAGUGUUCUCAACUGGGAGAUCACCUAUACUUUACGAGGAGUUGAGAAAAGAGAAGCCCAUGCUAACGCCAGAUGUUACCAUUAUGUCUGUGGGGACUGAAAUAACGUAUGGUAACUCGAUGGUACCAGAUGAUGGUUGGGAAGCAUUGUUAAAUAACAAGUGGGAUCGGAAAAUAGUGACAGAGGAAACAAGAAAAUUUCCUGAACUCACCCUUCAGUCAGAAACCGAGCAACGACCUCUCAAGGUCAGUUUCUAUGUUCACAAAGACAAGGCUCAAGAUAUAAUGAAAACUCUUUCGAAGAGCUUGGAAGAACGUGGGUUGGAUGUCAAAAUAAUUUACAGCGGAGGGAUAGCUUUAGACAUUUUGCCACAAGGUGGUGGCAAAGGACAAGCACUUGCGUAUUUGCUUAAGAAAUUAAAGAGAGAGGGAAAAUUACCAAACAACACGCUUGCCUGUGGUGACUCUGGAAACGAUGCUGAGCUUCUCAGUAUCCCAGAUGUUUACGGUGUGAUGGUAGCGAAUGCUCAGGAGGAAUUAUUAGAAUGGCAUGCUGCAAAUGCGAAAGAUAAUCCAAAAGUCAUUCAUGCAGCAGAGAGAUGUGCUGCGGGUAUAAUACAAGCCAUUGGACAUUUCAACCUGGGACCAAGUAUCUCUCCUAGAGACGUUACAGAUAUGUCAGAAAUCAAGAUGAAGAAUUUUGUUCCUGCUUAUGAAGUCGUCAAAUUUUACUUGUUUUUCGAGAAAUGGAGGCGUGGAGAGAUUGAGAAUUCUGACCUUUACUUGUCGAACAUGAAAGCCGUUUGCAGACCAUCUGAUACUUUCGUGCAUCCAUCUGGAGUUGAGAAAUCUCUUGAGGAAUACGUAAAUACAUUGAAAAAGUGUCAUGGGGACAAAAAGGGUAAGCAAUAUCGUAUUUGGGUUGAUCAAGUCUUACCUACACAGGUUGGUUCAGAUUCAUGGUUAGUGAGUUUCAAGAAAUGGGAGCUUUGCGGCGAAGAGCGACAAUGUUGCAUAACUACCGUCGUAUUGAGUUCAAAGAAUGUGACCGUUGCAGAUGGGCUCACUUGGACACACGUGCAUCAGACUUGGCUGCCGGGAGCAGCAGCAAGUGACUCCGCGACCUGGUUCUUUUAGGUUUGACUCUGAAAAUCCCGGAGCCACCAACUUUCUGCCUACAGUACUUUUUCCAGCUGUAUGCUGACUGAAUGCAUGAGUUGUAGUCGCGAUGAACCUGGUCUCUGGGCAGUUGCAAGUUUAUCUAUGCAUGAACCAGGUCCCAACGUACAAUCAUCAAAACUAAGGACUUAACAUUAUAGCUAUACACAUCGACACCUAAACCCCCACCCCCCACACAGGCAAAACCCUUUUUGUGUGUCCCUCUUACUUUCUUUGUUUUUGUUCUUCUUUGAUGAUGAAUGUAUUACAAACCAAAACACGAAAAGAUGGCUAAUCGUUGAGGUAAUAAUAAGUAUUGCUCUUCUUUUCGACAA